AUGGAGAAGCCGUACAACACAUUAUUACAGUUGUUCAACACUAGCCAGGAUACAAAUGGCCCUGUUCGGAAAAGACGGAAAGUCGACCACAAUUCCAAGAAAACCGAGAUUCAGGUUGAAGAGCAGGAUGAGCUUCAUGAUGAAGCUGACUUGUCCGAGCCGGAGAUCACAGAUGAUGAUGAGAUCGAGGAUCCGGCGGAUGUAGCUGCGGAGGAGGUUGAAGCCGGAGACUCUGGAGACGAGAACGACAUGCAACUUCCAGCUCCUAUCCAUGGGCUCCAGAGUUUGAAGCUGAAGCAAAAACUUGCUCUCCAUGCAGGAGACCACAUUACUAAAUUUGACAGCCUUACAUCGGGCCUUGUCCCUAGCAUUUUCGGCUACCAAGACCUCCUUUUCGGGGCCCGAACGUUAUCCAACUCAGCAAGGUUCCGAGAUCUCUACUGUCUUCAUGUCCUAAACCAUAUACUCAAAACUCGAGACAGGGUGUUGAAAAACAACUCCCGUUCACAAAAGGUGCCUGACCAGGAUCUGGAGCUACGAGACCAAGGCUUUACGCGCCCCAAGGUGUUGAUCAUCUUGCCCACUCGACAGGCGUGUGUUCGAGUUAUGGAAUCUAUAACGAAAUUAUAUCACGCAGAGCAGCAAGAAAAUAAAACCAAGUUCUACGAUACCUUCUCUGCUGCUGACGAUAAAUCGUGGGAAAACAAACCCGAUGACUUUCGAGAGUUGUUUGGUGGGAAUGACGAUGAUAUGUUCAGGCUAGGGCUGAAGUUUACGCGGAAAACCAUCAAAUAUUUCUCGCACUUCUAUAAUUCUGACAUGAUCCUGGCGAGCCCGCUUGGUCUUAGGAUGGUUAUGGAUAAAGAAGAUAAAAAGCAAGACUUCGAUUUCCUUUCGUCAAUCGAAGUGGCAAUUGUCGAUCAAGCAGAUGCCCUUCUAAUGCAGAACUGGGAACAUAUUGAAUACGUUUUCUCACACUUAAACCUUCAGCCGAAGGAAUCUCAUGGCUGUGAUUUCAGCCGCGUUCGCAACUGGUACCUGGAUGGCCAGGCCAAAUACGUCCGCCAAACACUUGUCUUCUCAUCCUUCAUUACCCCUGAAAUAAACGCCCUGUUCUCAUCCCAGAUGCAGAACACGGCUGGCAAACUCAAAAUUACUCCCACAUACGCAGGUGCUAUCCUGGACCUACCGCUGCCCGUCCCAGUCAAGCAGACUUUCUCUCGCUUUGAUUCCACCUCGCCCGUAAACGAUCCCGAAAACCGCUUCAAGUACUUUACAAAUGCUGUACUGUCGCCUCUCGUCCGUACCUCGACGGGCGGCAGAGGGAACCCAAGCGCAUCUGGGACUUUAAUCUUCAUCCCAUCUUACCUAGACUUUGUCCGUGUCCGCAACUACCUUGCAACCUCGUCGCAGACGGAAAACCUCUCUUUCGGCGCCAUAUCGGAAUACACCUCUGUACGUGAAGUGGCUCGCGCACGCACACAUUUCUUCAGCGGCCGCCACUCGGCACUGCUCUACACGGAACGAACCCACCAUUUCCGCCGUUACCAAAUCCGGGGAGUGAAGAGGGUGAUUAUGUAUGGUGUUCCGGAGAACCCUGUUUUCUGGGCGGAGAUUGUAGGUUUUCUGGGCUUGGAUCCAGCAGGGGCAGCGGAGGCAGCGGAUGGUGGAGUUCGAGCGUUGUUCUCAAAGUGGGAUGCUUUGAAGAUGGAGCGGAUUGUUGGAACAAAGAGGUUGGGAAACAUGCUAAUUGAGAAAGGGGGAGAUACGUUUACUUUUCCAUAUGCCACGACACAAUACAUUUUGGUCUCAUCAACCGCCAUCAUUUUUACUACUCGAGCAUUUUAUCGGCCACUCUGUAAUUAG